AUGAAAGGUGCAGUUGUUUUACUCGUGGCUAUGGUAGUAAUGAUGGGUCAGACUGAUGCGUGGAGAUUUUGGAGAACAGCUGCAUCAGUAGCUGCUGGCGCCAUUUUUUUAGGUAAGAGAGACGUAGAAGAUGCCGAUUUCAAAGCUGAACUUAAAACAGCUGCUGAAGAUGGUGUUUUAACUGAUGAAGAAAUCAAAUCUGUAUUUGUUCUUGAUGACAAAGGUUUGGAUAAAUUCAAAGAAACUUAUGACAUGAACGAUGAUGGAACUAUACAAGUUACAGAGUAUGAAGCAGUUGCAUCUCUCGCCAAAAGUAGUAAGAAAUACCGACCAUCCAGUUGA